AUGGAUCACUGGCAGCCAGUGACGGGCAACAGGCCCACGUCGUUGCCGCCGCUGCCCCGGAAGUUGGACCGGGCGGCCGUCGUUGAGUACACGCGGGGCCUGGCUCCACUGUGCAAGCCCGGCGUUCGGCGGCUCAAGUACUUCGGCCAGCAGCAAUGGACGCACCGCCCGGACAGGCACGCAGUCUUCACAUGCGGUGCAGAGGCAGAGGUUAAGCCAGGAUCUGAGAGGCGGAUCCGAUCGGGCGUCAUCUCCCGCGCUUCCAGCAGGCCCAGCCCACGCCAAAGCGUUGCGGAGGCCCCGAGCGUGCGCAGCAGUCAGAAGGCGUCCUCCAAGACGCUCAGGGCCGUGAAGGCGGCCUACCAGGCGGAAAGCCGGGCGCCAUCCCCGGUGUCGGAGGAGGGCGUGGAGAUCGGCGGCCAAGAGGCACAGGAGCGCAGAGAGAUGCUGCAGCGGCAGCAGCUCCGCGAGAUGCGGACAGGGGAUGAUGCAGUAUCCUACUUCACCAGGUACGGCGCCAACACCAAGGUGAAGCUCAUUCACUGUAUUCUGGCUUCCGGCCACUCUCCCACGCAGGAGGUGUCUCCGUAUGACCUUCUGGUGGUGCCCGAGGACCGCAUCAAGCGCGAGACCGGGGAAUAUUUCACCAUCACCGCUAGCGGAGUGGUGCAUUUCAUGCCCGGCCAGCUCUCCGAGUGCGUGAGCUUAUCGGAGUGGGUCCAUCAGUGCAUGAUGUACCGGGUGCUCAAGUCGAUGUCCUUCUUUCGCUUGUACCUGCACCGGAAGGCGAUCGCCCACUGGCGCCAGAACGCGCGGGACGCGGCCUUUUGCCGGAAGCGCGCCAGGCUGUCGCGCGGCUGCUUUUUCGCACGGCCAACGCUGAUCAGCCCCAUGCUGAAAGUGAAGGCGCUCGCCAGUGAGGUGGGCGCCUCCACCAUGGUGGCGCUGCCCGAGCAGUGCACUCGACUCGAAGACUUCGAGAUGGCAACUGCCACCAGCGGCGAAGACGGCAUCCGCCAGGAGCUGGAGCGGCGCCGGGAGUCCAUGGUGCUGGCGUUAGAGGAGCUGAUUGCCACGAUCCGACGGUCAUCCGACCAGCUGUCCAAGCGCAAGGCCUCGAUGGCCGCUACACGAUCCAUCGCCAAGGAGAAGCUGGAAGCAAAGGAGCGCUUCCGAAUGGAGCAAAUCGUGCACGAGGACGACGCAGCAGCUCGCAGUUGCGUGCGCCUGGCCGACUGCUUGCUGCAGGCCAACUUGGUGGCCAGUGUCACACAGACGGCGGAGGAGCUGCUGCGUCGAGUGGAAGGUGGGGUCGGUGAGCACAAGCGCAAGAUGUUCGCCAUCUCAGUUCACCUGGGGCAGCCCGGGGAGGUGAUUCUUGAACCCUCGACAGAGAGGUUCCUGCAGGUGUUCAGACACCUGUACGAGGACUUGAUCAGCGUGGCGGAGGGUGUGCCGUGCAUCGCCUCAGCCUUGUCCUUGGCGAGCCACGCGCCCAGUGCAGCGGGACGCUCACUCAGCGAGGUCCUCGCGAGUCACAGGCCGUGGUCUUGCUGCCUCGAGGCCACGGAGAAGAAGCUGACGGCGCAACUCCGCGAGGCCCAGCGCCUGAGCCUGGACACGUAUGAGCCUUACCGGAAGAUCCUGAACUACAAGCAGGCUUGGAAUGAGGCGUCCUUCGCGGCGCAGAACCACAGCCUGGCGUCCUUGUCACAGGAGGUGGAUCUCAUGAACCAGUUCCAGGAGCAGCUUCAGCGCUUCCGCGCGCAGCGGCACGUGGGCGUGCUGGUCAUCGAGGGCCGGGAGCUGCGGGAGGAGCUGGCGGCGGUGCGCCACAUGGGAAACGAGAGGUCUGCGCUGCUAUGA